AUGAUGGCAGACUCGGAGGAAGCGCCUCCAGAAGUGCACCAUUAUGAAGAUAUUCAGGAAGUCCCGUGGGAUAUCCAAAAUUACUGGAACCAGCGUCACCGCAUCUUCUCCAAGUAUGAUGAGGGAGUAUGGCUGACAGACGAUGCCUGGUUUGGGGUCACUGCGGAACCUGUCGCCAACAAAAUAGCAAAACACAUGGCAGAGGCGGCGCCGACUGGGCGCAGCAUUUUGAUUGAUGCCUUUGCAGGCGCUGGUGGGAACAGUAUCGCUUUCGCAUUGACAGGCAAAUGGAAAAGAGUAUAUGCGAUUGAGAAGAACCCGGCUGUUCUACAAUGCGCCAAGCACAAUGCUAAGAUUUAUGGCGUCGACAAGCAAAUCACUUGGUUUGAGGGUGAUUGCUUCGAAAUUCUCAAAAAUCAACUCAAAGACUUGGCCCCUUACAGUGUCAUUUUUGCCAGUCCUCCCUGGGGUGGUCCCGGAUACAGAUCUGAUGAAGUGUUCAAUCUCCGCACCAUGGAACCAUACUCUUUAGAAACACUUUACAAGGAGUUUUCGGUCUUCACUCCCCAUAUGGCUCUUUUCCUUCCUGAGAACAUCGGACGUGAAACAGCUGGCAAAGUUUGUUCCUGA